UUAUAUAUAUGAUUAAGUAGCAUUAGGCCGACUGUUGCACAUAAACACACACCUCACACACAGAUACACACUCUCACAAACUCACACAGGCUAAUGGGAAAAGCUGCGAGUGACAGUUACAAAUUAUCAAGUGCAAACAGGAGCUUUCUCACACACAUUUGCAUAAAAUCAUUCAUUUUUUACGGUGCACAAAGAAGCAAUACGAAAAAGCAGUCGAAAGAAAUAAGGGGUACAGUGAAUAUUGGCUAGAAAGAAUUAUAUUUGUAAUUUUUUGAAGUAAUCAAUUAAUUAAACUGCUUUUCAGAGUUUUUUUUUAAAUUAUAUUUACUUCCACAAAAAUGUGACUUUUUUAUUACACAAUUAGCAGUUGUUUAUCUGGAAGUAUUGUAGAAUAAUUCCAGCUAUUAAAAAUAUUUUAUAUUACAAUAAUUGCAAAAAUAAUUGCUAUUUUUAUAGGUAAAUUAAAAAAUACGAAGUACAGUGAUACUUUUACUGUUACCUUAUUUAUUUUUAAACAAGUUAAUUUAUUUUCUUACCCAAUAACCACUGUACUUCUUAAGUAUUUCGAACUCUUUUAAACAACAUUAUGACAUUUCACAAUCGUAAAACGUGGCGUACGAGUAACAUCCAUUGGUCUGCAAACUUUGUUAUUUAUAUUUCGGCAGAUAGACUCAGAGCACGUUUAAUUUCAAACAAUACUAUUCAGUUUUUUAAUGCCAGGGCACGAACAUAAAUAAAACUGAAUUCAACAGAUAAACCGAUAUAUUAUUUGUGUAUGUAGAUCGGUUGUAAACAAAUACAAAGGUGGAGGCACACGAAUGUUGCAUAAAAACAGAGACCGAGUAAACAUUAGCCAUCAAACAGGAAUAAAAGAUAUGUUACCACGUGCAGAAAAAGGCGAGGAAAUCAUUUUUUAUAAACUAUCACACACUCACACUCUCACAAACACAACACAUCACUCACACACACACGUGUAGCUUUAGUUUACUAGGUGAAUUCGUUUUUAUAUAUUUGUAAAUUGUUUUUAGGUAAAUCGAAUUAUAUAUACACACAUAUAUAUAUAUGAAUCUCGAUACAUAUACACGCAUAUAUAUGGAACAGAUUAUAUAUAUAUUAUGUCAUUCUGCAUUAUGAUUAUUACGAUUAUUAUGAUUCAACACAGAACCCAGAAAAAGGCAAGCAUCAAAUGGUGAAACCAAGAAAAUCCCAGAAUAUCCGACAAAAAAGUGCUGGAAAUGCCUUUCAAGCCGCUAUUGAAGAUGCAGAGAUCGGCAAAGAGCCGAAGUAAUUCAAUUCAUUCUUAACAAUAAAAUGUAAUCUGAAUUAUACAAAACGAAACAAAAAAAAAACAACACCAAACCAAAAGAGAAAACAAAAGAAAAUCAUAAAGAAAACAUUUUCAAAAGCGUUUACUUGGGAAAAUCGAUGGAUGGCGGGUCAGGGGAGAAGACGACUUUUAAUGGCCUUUAUUAUGCCGAUUUUCCAAUUAAAAAUAUUAUUAAUUGGCCAACGGCAUUGUUCGAUGCGUUUAUAAUCCACAUUAAUAAAACGUCAAUCAGUUCGGAUGGGAAGUGCAGGCAUUGGCCAUCAAAGACAGGAAAUGUGUCGAGAUAUUCGCACGGAAGUGGACAAAGGGGUUACCCCAUUAUAAAGUGGCUAUAAAUCAGCCAUCCUCGAAACUAACAGCAUUAAGCUUUCUGUUCAUCACAUGCAUGAUGUUCGCACUGGCAAACGGCCAUCCAUCAAGCGACAAGCUGAAGAUCCGAAUACACGUGCCGGUGAAGCACCACACACAUGUGCACACGAAGACGGUCAUUAAGAAGGUCCCGCUGCCCAUUCCGGUGCCGGUCAAGGAGCACCACCACGAGCCGAAGAAGCACCACAGCAGCCGGAGCCACCACCACCACCACCACAACCACGAGGACGACCAGGACGACGAUUUCGAGGGCUACGAGUACCCCAUCAAGGCCAAGCGGCGCACGCGGCAUCCCUUUGUCUGAGCCACCCACUGAACCACUGAGCCACUGAACCACCCACUCAGCCACCCAGCCACCCAAUCACCCACUCAGCGGGGGAAAAAUGAAAUCAAAUGAAAUACAAUUUACGCAGAUUAAGACGAAAAUAAACCAAAAUACGAGGCAGCUUGAGUACGAAACGUAAGGGAAGGCCAACACAAUCCUGGGUCUGAUUUGUCACUGUUUUUAGUGCGUAAGAGAAAUACGUAAAAAUAAA